ACUAUUGGCGGCAAUUUCGGCUGACUGCUCGCGUCGCGCCGGCGCGCGCGUGAACUGCAAACAACUCUCCUUGGUUGUUGCAGUUCAAGUUUGUGCGUGUGUGUUUUUGGAUUCUUUUGCUAUUAAUUUCAUGUUUUUUAGCUUUGUAAGUGAUCGGUUUUCUGUAAAAAUCAUGCAAAAGCUAUCUUUAUAAUAUAGCAUGUUAAGUCAAGUGAGGGUACCUACUUGUGGUCGACGGUAAUGGAAUGGAGUGACACCCGUCACCCAAGGAAAGCAGUCAAGAAGUCAAAUUACUUUGACUUCGCACUUUGACGUUAACGUACGAGUUCGAGAAACGACUUAGCUGCAAGUUGAAACAGAUAAAUUUGAGUUGACCAUGGUACUUUUUAAAAUAUAGAACAUGAGGUUCAAUUGCAUUAUAUGCACAGAUCUCUUUGUACCCUCGAGUGAUAUUUCAAGCACAGAAUGUGGACAUCUAUUCCACUCCCACUGUAUCAUGCAGUGGUUGGAAAGAUCGAAGACAUGUCCACAGUGCAGAGGGAAGACACAUGACAAGAAGCUGAUCAAAAUAUUUCUGGAUUGCUGUGAGACAAGCUCUGAAGCCUCUGACCCAAAUCAACUCCAGAAUGAGCUGGACAGCUUACGUUUCCGGCUGUCCCUUAAGACUACAGAGUACAACAAGGCCGAAGAAGAGAGACAGCUUCUCAAGGAACAGCAUGCUGGGCUGAGAUCGGAGAUAAAGAAGCUGGAGAAGGCCGGUCGCUCCAAGGAUGAUACCAUCACUGCCAUGAAGAUGCAGCUGCAGUGCUUCGGCGACAUCGCGCGCGAAAAGCAGAAGGCGCGCGACGAGUGUGACAAGCUGCGCGCCAAACUCCGACUACUCUCCAAUGUGGAGACGGUCGUGUCUCAGUCCACGGCCGAGGUCUCGGACAUGCUGUCGGCCUACUCCACCGACAGCGCUCAGGCCGCCAAGGACAUGGCCACCUACUGCCUGGUUCUCAAGAGGGAACUGACCAGUGGCCGCGAGGAGCAGCGGCGACACAGCGACGACCGCCACCGUCUGAAGACCGCCCUGCAGGAGUCGCGCGCCGACGCGCAGCGCCUCCAGCGGCGGCUCGAGCAACUGGAGUCUGCCGGCGCCGCCGCAGAAUCGGAGAUCGCCAGCCUGGAGGAGGAGAAUACGCGACUGCAUAAACAGGUGAAGGCGCUGGAGGCGGCGGUAGUGUCACCUAGCGGCGACCCUAAGAACUCGGCUCUGAGCCGCCUGCUCUCGGAGAACUGCACACCGUCGGACCUGAGGUCGCGGCCCGUGCUCACCAGUCCCGACGGGCUGGACGUGGCCACCUCACAGGACGGCGACUCGACUCCGUCGGGCUCGACGACGGGCUCCGGGGCAGUCGAGGACGCGGAUGACGAGGAGACGCCCCGGCUGGCGCUGAAGACGGUCACCCUGAACCCGGCGGCGGCCGGCGCGGCCGGACCCUCCCCUCUGCUGCGGGUCAAGUCGGCCUCGGUGGCCGCCGGCCACGCGCGCCUCUCGGGCUCUCAGCUGAGCAGGAACCCGUUCACGGCGCCCGCCCGCGCCGCCACCGACUUCAGUCGGCUCAAAAACAAAAACCUACUGACACAGAACCUUCACCGCGCCGACUUUGCCGCGCGCGCCGGCAGUCCUUCCACGUCAGCCGUCAAACGGCCGUCGGCUGACUGCGGCUGGGACGGCUUCGGCGGCUCCUCCCGACCCGACACCUUCCCCCAGCGACAGAAAAAGGUCAAGGUCAAACUGAAAAACGGCGGUCAGGUCAUGAAGAUCGACAACUUUUUCGCGUUGUGACCGAGGUAUGUGCAGUGACCUCGGACAUUGAGGUGUGACUGGUGUCUGAGUGGCAGUAGGCGGGAAACGAGCGAUGGUAUUUUGUGACCUUCCGCUGUACCUGAGUCCCCGCCCCUGGGCAUCUUAUGAAUGUUUUUAUAUGCACAUAAAUGUAUUGUAUCACGCAGAAUAUAGUGACUCAUGUCA